AUGGGUGCAGCUUCGCUGGCAAAGCAGUUAUCCAUGGAAAAGCAUGAGGCGCAGCAACUGAUUUCGUCAUUUUUUCAACAAUUCCCAAAAGUACGAGCAUGGAUUGACAAAACGCUGAAAGCAUGUCGUCAGGAUGGGUUUGUAUGCACUUUACUAGGUCGAAGACGAUAUUUGGCAUGUAUUACCAGUGAAUUACAAACGGAGCGUGCUCAAGCUGAAAGACAAGCAGUUAAUUUUUGCAUACAGGUAGAUUUACACUCGGGUGUUUUGUGUCUCAUUACAGAAUUAAGAUAA